GUAAUCGAACUCAUCACACUCACCAUACCACACCAUGGAGCACGACGGCGUUGGUGCCCUCCGUACUCGAUCGAAGGUGGCGCCCGAUUGGACCGUGGAGGAAUCCCUAAUUCUGGUCAACGAGGUCUCUGCGGUGGAAGCUGAUUGUGGCGACACCCUCGCUUCCUUCCAGAAAUGGAAGAUCAUUGUGGAGAAUUGCAACGCGUUGGGCGUGAAUCGCAACCUGAACCAGUGUCGUAGGAAGUGGGACUCUUUGCUCUCCGAUUACAAGAAAAUCAAACAGUCUGGAUCCAGAAAGGUGAGUUUCAAUUCCGAGUUAUUUAAGGUGAUUGAAUGGUACGUGAGGGACUACGAAGGUGGAUGUGAUACGGAUCCCGAUAGUGAUCCUGAGGCGCUGCCGGAGCCUGUUCUUGCUUCCUUUGUACAAUCUGCUUCAAAGAAACAAAGAUCAAAGAUAAUACCUCAAAAACGCAGCAUAGAAGACACACCAAAGCCAAAGAAACCCAUCAAAACCGAAGAGGUUAAAGUGGAGGAAUACAGUUCCAUACCAACAAACGACAUUUUGAAUGUAAUUGAUUAUGAGAAUCAAGAACAAAUAAUGGCUGAAAAUGUUAGAGAAAAUGCAGAAUUAAUCGAAGCUAUUGUGAAACAGGAUUUAAUCAAUGGUGGAUCUAAUGAGGAGUUGACUAGACUCGAUGGUGAUAAGUUGAUACUUUGCCUUAGCAAUCUUGUUGUCGCCCUUGAUCGCCUUUCUAAAUUUGUUUCAUAAUCUUCAUUAGUUUGUUGGAAGUGAAAAUUGGGAUGUUUUGUGCUUUAUGAAAACUUGUUUCUUUUUUACUUAAUCGAUUUAGUAUGGUAAGCUAUAUAUAUGGAUGUAUCUGUUUUGCUUAAUGGAGAAAGAACGAGUUGAUAAGAGAAA